GUGUCCCACAAACCAAAGUGUCUGAGCCAUAUCGAGGCUGCUGCCAUUCCCUACGUGGCAACCACCGCCUGGUCAGCGCUGGUUAAUACUGGCGGUCUGAGAAAGGACAACUGUGCCAACAAGAGGAUUUUGAUCCUUGGAGGAUCUGGAGGAGUGGGAACGUUUGCUGUACAGAUGGUGAAGGCGUGGGGCGCCCACGUGACCGUUACCUGCUCCCAGAAUGCCGAGCAGUUCUUAAGGGGGCUCGGGGCGGACCACGUGGUGGACUACACCGCUGGGCCCGUCGAGGAGCCGCUCAGCGCUCUGGAGAAGUUCGACCUGAUCCUGGAUAAUGUCGGGGGUGACACGGAGAGUUGGGCGUUGAAGCUGCUGAAGCCGUGGAGCGGCGCCAAGUACGUCACCCUGGUGACGCCGUUCAUGCAGAACACCGACAGGCUGGGUGUAGCUGACGGCAUGAUGCAGUCCGCCGCUACAGUGGCCAGCAAGGCCUUAAAACACCUGAUGAAAGGAGUUCAUUACCGCUGGGGAUUCUUUGCACCCAGCGGCUGCGCCUUGGAUGAAAUCAGGGACAUGGUGGAUGCAAAACAG